UACAAAAGGGUCAAAAAUUCUCUAAAAAACAGACGAAAGAAAAAAGAAAAAGGCUCCAAAUUACAAACCCUAAUUCUUCUAUCUUCUUUGCCGAUCGAAGAAAUGUCGCACUUCGGGAGAUCUGGGCCACCGGAUAUCAGAGACACAUUCUCUCUCCUAGUCCUCAACAUCACUUUUCGCACUUCAGCUGAUGACUUGUUCCCCCUAUUUGAUAAGUACGGCAAGGUGGUCGACGUGUUCAUUCCUCGAGACCGGAGAACUGGGGACUCCAGGGGUUUUGCAUUUGUGCGAUAUAAGUAUCAAGAUGAGGCUCAAAAGGCUGUUGAGAAGCUAGAUGGAAGAGUUGUUGAUGGGAGAGAAAUAAUGGUUCAAUUUGCUAAAUAUGGCCCUAAUGCUGAACGAAUUGAUAAAGGUAGAAUUGAGGAACCUGUUUAUAAGUCUAGUGGCAGGUCAAGAAGCCGCAGUCCUCGUCCAAGGGGUGAUGACAGGGAUCGGGAUUACAGGAGGAGCAGCCAAAGUGGCAGAGGAAGAAGUGAGCGCGAGUCUCAUCGUGGCAGGCACAGGGAGUCUCGCUAUCGAAGCAGGAGCCGAUCCCGGAGUCGAAGCCGUAGUGUAAGUCCUGGUUAUCGCAGAGAACGUGGUAGAGGAAAAUUUGAUGAUGGUGAGAGACGUAGAAGAAGUCGUUCUUAUGGAAGUGCAUCUCCUGUUCGUCGAAGUCCCAGUCCUCGGCGAACCCCUUCCCCAAACAAAUCACCUCUAUCUAGGGAAGGAAGUCCUGCUGUUCGUAAUGCCAAAAUCGAACGAUCUGCCAGCCCCCCUAAGAGUCUCUCUCCUCGUGGCCGUCGUGAUUCUCGAAGCCCGUCUCCACAUGAUGAGGCUGAUGAAUAAUGGAUUGGCAGCAUCUGCUUUCUUGAGUAAUUUGACCUAUCAUCAUAUGGUGGUUGCUAUCAAUGCUUUUCUGGAAGAUCUUUCAUCAGUUUGAAUACCUAUGCGUUGUACUAGAAUUGUUUUGUUGUUUUAUGUUAAAUUCUGCUCCAGACUAAUGGUUUGGUAUCAGUCUAAACUCUAUUAUCUUUCUUAGGUGGAUUGAGCUCUAUUUGGUAGAUUUCUUUUUCCUAAUAUGAAUGUGUGCCAUUGAACAUCUCACUCAUAUGAAGUCUUUAUUUGCCUUC